CAAAAUACAAAGAUAAACUGUUAUCAGUUGGAUUUCUUCCUCUGCUGAAUAAUGAAGGCUCUUCUAAUUCUUAGUCUUUUUGUUGUAGCAACAUUAGGAUUCUACAGGAUUCCUUUAACGAAAAUAAAGACCGCAAGAAGGACAAUUGAAGAUUUUCAAACUUCUGUUGAGAAAAUAAAAAAUAGGUGGGGUUCUGGAAAUGUUCUGGGUAGUCUGAUGCAAGAUUUUCCUGAGGACCCUUUAGAUAAUUACCUUGAUGCCCAGUAUUAUGGUCCUGUUGAUAUUGGAACUCCUGCUCAGAGAUUCAAUGUUAUAUUUGAUACUGGUUCCAGUAACUUCUGGGUUCCUUCAGGGAAAUGUCCAAUCUGGGAGCUUGCUUGCCUAACUCACAACAGAUACCACAGUGAAGAUUCCAGCACUUAUAAACCUAAUGGAACAGAGUUCGAAAUUCAGUAUGGAUCUGGAAGCAUGUCAGGAUUCUUGUCUACUGAUUCGACCUGCAUUGCUGGUGUUUGUGUAACUAAUUAA